CGCUUUGCAGCGCUGGCAGCAGCUCACGGGCCAACCGGCAGCGUCUACGGCGACCAGACACUUCUUUGCCAUGCCGGGCAACAUGGAGUCGCAAGUGGACGUGUCCAAGGAUGACGAGAAGGAGUACGAGGACAGCUACUGCCCGGACGUGGAGGAGGAGGGCUCGCGCCUGUGCGAGUCGCAUGCACGACCAGACCUUCAAGAGGGGGCCCGCCGUGACUGUGCUUCAUCCGCAUCCUGGGAUUUGCUCUCGACUCCCUCGGAAUUCGUGGACAUCGGCAACGAGACGAUUCAGAUGAUUGAACAGGCGAAGGCUCGGAUCAUGGAUGACCCGGACCCAGAGGCAACUCUUGUCGAACCGCAGUCCAACAGCGAGCAGAUCGACUCAGGAACCAAGUCCGCUGGAUUGAAGUGGUUUGUGGGGCCGGUGUUCGAGCGAUACGAUGAGGCACGACAGGUAUUUCUAGAGGCGACCCAAAUCGAUGGUAAGGAGUGCCUAUUGAUCGAUCCAGGUGCGUAUGACAAUUUGGUGGGUGACAGAUGGGUUAUGCGAAUGGGAGCUCUGGCAAAACGGGCAUGCUUGGAACCGACGCAACAUCUGAUGGAUCAAUCGAUCGGGGUUGAAGGAGUCGGUACCAAUGCUCAGAUCGCCAAGGAUGAGGUGACGAUGCCAGGCGCAGACAAGGACGAGCGAGGUAAGGUGCAUCAGAUAAGCUACAAGGCCCCAGUGGUUCCUGAUUCAGAUAUUCCCGCUCUCUGGGGAAAGCGUAGUCUGAAGCACAACAGAGCGGUGGUCGACAUGAUCAACAACAAAUUGUACCAGUGUGGCCCUGGAAGAGUACAGUUCACGCCACCGCCGGGGACGCUCACCUUCAAUCUUGAGGACUCGCGAUCAGGACAUUUGCUGUUGCCUAUCUCGCAUUUCUUCGGCAACGGUAAGGAUAAGAAGGUGCGCGCGAAGCAGGGGCCAGCCACUUGGCAUGCGAGUGCGCCCGCAGUCACCCGGCCCAUGAUCAAAGAUAAGGCGAAGGAGGACGAGGCAGACUUGCCGACGCAUGAGCCGACGCCGGACCCAGAGAUCAUAGCGAUAGACGAGGACAAUGGCCAUCCGAUCCGCACGAAGUUGCUGAGUCAGGCCAACAUCACCUACACCCGCCUAAGAUAUCGGAUGACAGAUCAUCGAUGGUGCAGUUACCUGACGUCGGGCAAGGACAUGGCCCCGACAACCAGCCAGAGAUUCUUCUCCAACCUGGGCUUGCUUCCCGACUCGUGCAGCUGCGGCCGGAAGAGCUCAGGUCACCGCAGAUCGACAGGGUUGGAGCACGUUCAGCUUGAAGGUCAGUUUCUGACCGCCUUCUGGCAGAACCGACUUCGAGACAAGCUGUUCGAUGCGGUUCGAGGAGAAGUACGCGACGACACUGACACUCAACGAGAGGCACGAUAUCCGCAGACGGGGCCGGAUGAGCCCGUUGACUCCCACAUGGUGGCGACGAAGUCAAAGACAGUCAGCUUCUAUCCGACCGACUCUGCCAAGGCCUACAAGGAGAAGCUGAAGUCCCGGAAGGCCCAGGGGCACGCACCGAAGAAGAAGGUCAAGCGGAUUCUAGAUCCCGAAGUCAUGGAUGACUGUGGCGAGGACCUCGGAGAGCUCAACUAUCUACGGAACGAGGAGGUGUGCUGGUGGGAGAUGCCGGGCAACGAGGUGGAGGAUUACUAUCUGGAACCCAGCGAGUUCAAGACGGAAAUGGAGCUUUACCAAUAUCUGAAGGAGGAGCGACCCUUUGUGUUGGUGAUGGCUCCUCAAUGUACUGGCACAGCUGGAUGGUGCACGGUCAACGAGUCGAUCGGCAGCGAGGUGCACCGUCGCAAUGCGGAGGUCUCUUUCAGGCUGGGACAGAUUUGUGCGAAGGCGGCUCACAUUCAGCUAGACGGAGGACGCCGCUACGUGAAUGAGUUGCCGAGGGGAAGCUGUAUUUAUCGAACUCCAGAAUGGAUGGGCCUGGCCAGGAAUAAUCUCACAUGGGUUCAGUUCAACAUGUGCAUGCUGGGGCUCGUCAACUCGAAGAAGGAGCCUUUGAAUAAGCCGGAGGAGGUAUGGGCGAGUCACGAGCACAUGCGCGGGAUCCGCGAGUACCGGCAGCACGAGCUGCGGGUGCCGGUCAUCGAGUACAUCCCCGAGCAAGUGCUGCUCCUGCCGCCGCCGGGGAAGGAGAUGAUGACGUGCGACCUCAUCCUGAAGCUGGACCCUCGGGAGCGGCCCCGGCUGCAGCAGCGGAGGAAGCCGUUCUUCCUGUUGGAGAACCGGGACAUCCGGCCCGGGCAAGCGGAGACGAGGUGGCACUGA